UGAAAGCCGGCGAACGCACACUGUGCUGCCCUCAUGGCUCUCUACGAGCUCUUUUCUCAACCAGUAGAGCGCGGCUACCGCGCAGGACUCUGCUCCAAGGCCGCGGUGUUCCUGCUGCUGGCCACCGCGCUCACGUACAUCCCGCCGCUGCUGGUGGCCUUCCGGAGCCACGGGUUUUGGCUGAAGCGGAGCAGCUACGAGGAGCAGCCGACCGUUCGCUUCCAGCACCAGGUGCUGUUCCUGGCCCUCCUGGGACCCGAGCACGGCGGGUUCCUCGCCUGGAGCACGUUCCCCGCCUUCAACCGGCUGCAGGGGGAUCACCUGCGCGUCCCACUUGUUUCGACUAGAGAAGAAGACAGGAACCAGGAUGGGAAAAUGGACAUGUUGCAUUUUAAACUGGAGCUUCCGCUGCAGUCCACGGAGCAUGUUCUUGGUGUGCAACUCAUCUUGACUUUCUCCUACCAAUUGCACAGGAUGUCUACAUUCGUGAUGCAGAGCAUGGCAUUUCUCCAGUCCUCCUUUGCUCUUCCGGGGUCCCAGUUAUAUGUGAACGGAGACCUAAGGCUGCAGCAGAAGCAGCCCCUAAGCUACAGUGGCCUAGAUGUUCGAUACAACGUGUCAGUGAUCAACGGGACCAGCCCUUUUGCCUAUGACUAUGACCUCACCCACAUUGUUGCUGCCUAUCAAGAAAGGAAUGUUACCACCAUCCUGACUGACCCCAACCCCAUCUGGCUGGUGGGAAGGGCCGCCGAAGCUCCGUUUGUGGUUAAUGCUGUCAUCCGAUACCCCGUGGAAGUCAUUUCUUAUCUACCAGGAUUCUGGGAAAUUAUAAAGUUUGCCUGGAUCCAGUAUGUCAGUAUCCUACUUAUCUUCCUCUGGAUAUUUGAAAGAAUAAAAAGAUUUGUGUUUCAAAAUCAAGUGGUCACCACAAUCCCUGUAACAGCAAUGCCCCAAGGAGAGCUGUGUAAGGAGCACUUAUCAUAAGAAGACCAUCACCGAAAACUCUAAGCAGGACCCUGGCUACCUCAUAUUGUCUUCUAAGAACUGCCAUCUGAGGACCCUUCUGAAAAGAGCCCAUGGACAUGUAUCAGCAUGUGUGCUUUUCUUACCAGAGACAAAGAUGAGUUCUUUCUAAUUUUUCCCUACACAAAUUCCAUAUCUCCUAAGUGCCUUUCAAAAUCAUCGGAGACUAGUUUGUGGAAAGGUCUGAGGGUUCCCAAAGGCUGUAAUUUGCUUCCUGCUUUUUUUUUUUUUUCCCCUUAGACCUGGAUUUCAGGAGAAAGCUACUAUCAGUUUAGACAUGUUGGAGAGAGUCCCGUCUCUGGUCCAGCAAAG